AGCUGGCUGAGCUGUAGGCUGCAGGCCAGUAUCUGCAUACCCUUUCUCUUCAGAAUAUUUCAAAUAUACUGUCUCGUCAUUAUGCAUUUUGCUGCCGUUUGACAAACUAAAUGGUCCUCCUGCACGUUAAGAAGAUUAUUUUAAAUUUCAGAGCAUUUGUGUAGUUACUAGGCCAUGUAUGCAUUUGAAGAAUUCAGUGAACAGAGUAUUUGCCAAGCCCGGGCUUCAGUUAUGGUCUAUGACGAUACCAGUAAGAAAUGGGUGCCAAUCAAACCUGGACAGCAGGGAUUCAGCAGAAUCAACAUAUACCACAACACGGCCACUAACACCUUCAGGGUAGUUGGAGUUAAACUGCAAGAUCAACAAGUAGUGAUUAAUUACUCAAUUGUGAAAGGACUGAAGUACAAUCAAGCAACACCUACCUUUCAUCAAUGGCGCGAUGCACGGCAGGUCUAUGGCUUGAAUUUUGCAAGCAAAGAAGAGGCUACCACGUUCUCCAAUGCAAUGCUGUUUGCUCUAAAUAUCAUGAACUCACAAGAUGGAGGUCCAGCUGCCCAGCGUCAGGUCCAGAAUGGGCCAUCUCCAGAUGAGAUGGAAGCGCAGAGAAGACAAGUGAUGGAGCAACAGCAACAGCGCCAGGAAUCUUUGGAAAGAAGAACCUCUACCACAGCUUUUGCUCACAUGAGCCCAGCACUUCCACCUGGUCAUCCCAGUGGCACUGCUGUGAUCCCUGCUUCGUCCGGGGGGCCCCCACCUCCGCCACCCCCCCCAGUCCCUCCGCCACCCAUGGGAGCUGCACCCCCCCCGCCGCCUCCACUGCCGGCAGGUGCUGGCCAAGGGGCUGGCACUGAAGAUGGGUCAGUGUCAGGGCUUGCAGCGGCUCUGGCUGGUGCCAAACUAAGGAGAGUUCAACGGCCAGAAGACGGUUCCGGAGGGUCCAGCCCCAGUGGGGUCUCUAAGAGCGAUGCCAAUCGAACAAGUAGUGGAGGAGGCGGAGGAGGACUAAUGGAAGAAAUGAAUAAAUUACUGGCAAAAAGGAGGAAAGCAGCGUCGCAGUCAGACAAGCCAGCUGACAAAAAGGAAGAGGAAAGCCAAAAUGAUGAUGCUAGCACCUCUCCUUCACCCAGUACACGAGGUCCCACCCAGCAGCAGCAAAAUUCGUCAGACUCUGGGAAGAAGCCAUGGGAAAGGAGCAAUUCUGUGGAAAAGCCUGUAUCUUCAUUACUUUCUAGAAAUCCAUCAGUGGUGAAGAGCUGUGAAGCUAAGAGCCCCACGCAAUCCCACGUGUCUUCUAGGAUGAAGCCAGUGAGCAGCAGCAAUGAUGUGGCUAUGGAUGCCUUAGAUUUUGAUCGAAUGAAACAGGAAAUAUUGGAGGAAGUUGUAAGAGAGUUACACAAAGUGAAAGAGGAGAUAAUUGAUGCCAUACGGCAGGAGUUGAGUAGAAUCAGUACAACAUAAUGAUUGCAAAGCAUUUGGACGGUACUAAGAAUGCUAGGAAGAUUGGAUCAUUUCUAAGUGUACCAAGGUCAUGCAAGAUGGUGAGAGAGGACACCGGCACUGUCUUUGUUCUUAUACCCUUUUUAUUAGCAGACUCAGCACACUUUGAAGCUUGCUGCUGCCUUGGAUUCGCUUCAUUUUAAAAGUCUUAAUCUAAAGAAUAUUAAAUUUUAAAUUUCUGGAUUUUUUAGAUUUCAUCUGACACUGCACAUUGGAUUUGUCAGCCUUUUUUGUAUUUUGUAUUUGCUUAUUUAAAUGUAUUACCUUUCUUUUUAGUAGUAGAUAAGAACACACGUGAACCAUUUGCUUUUGAUAGAUGACUUCAAAGUAAUUUUACUAGUAGUCUGCAAUGUAAAUGAAGAUCCUUUGCCAACAGAAAUGUAUUGUGGCAUCACCAGAAGAAACAGAGACAUGUUAGUUGUCAGCCAACAAGUUCUUUGUCUCAGAGUUAUCACAAUAUAAAAAAAUGGUACGUCAGUGCAUCACAGUAUCUGUGUUCAUAUUGGUAAUAAACUGUUUAUUGUCCACAUGG